GUCCGAGGAAGCCCAGGGCCUUCUGGCAAGAGCUCCGGCACUCGGAGAUGACGCGCCGGACUUGCUUCCUCUUCCGCGCAUCGGCACCUACGCUCUGGGCCGAGUCCAGGAAGGGGAACCCCUGCGCCUCUCUUUGACGCAUCCACCCGGAGCUCGCGGCCACCUCCCGCUGUCUGGCGCCGACUCGCCUCCGGUUGGUUCCUGGGUCCGAGGCUACGUCCAAGGAGUGGACAUCGCGCCUGAUGGCACUGCCGUGCCGCUCCUGGCGCCUUCGGCAUCCGUCGCGGAAUCGUUGCUGCAAGUUUGCUUCGACGCGUCCGCGCAGAUCGUGCCUGAACGACCCAAGAUGCCUCAGUCGAAGUUCCUGACCGCAGGGUCCGACGGUCAGGGGAAAGUGACCGGCUACGCACACGACUGGCUGCUUCCAGAUGGAACGCCUGCAGAUGGGCUUCUCAUCUCCGUAAACGGCGAGACCUCGCCGGUCUUCGCCCGAACCCUUCAGCCGCUGGAAGAAGCCAGGAAGGAGAGCCCCAUUGGCUUCGACGUCAGCAAGCUGAGGGUCGAGGAUUUCUUGGAGCAUCAGGG